CUUAUAGUAAUUACCCGCUUAGAGUCAGUAUCUCUUCUGGAGUCCCGAUAUACCAUGUCCCAGCGGUCUUAUGAGGUGGUCGAAGGAUUUUUCAUGCAAGAAGGUGGCGCUCGUUACGGUCUAGGCGAGGUACUUCCUCCUCGAUUCGGGCUGAUAGAUCGUUCCGAUGGUCGAUGGAAGACGUUCAGGCAAAAGAUCGAUCAGCUUAAUACGUCCUCUCCCGCCGGUACGCAGUACAAGGUGUUUUUCGUGGGCAGACACGGUGAAGGCUUUCACAACGUAGCCGAGGCGAAGUACGGCACAGAGGUGCGACCUAGGCCCUACUUUGUAGUGUCAUUCUAUCCUAACAACCCCCUCCCACGUCGGAAGGAAUGGAACAACUAUUGGUCGAAGGAAAACGGCGAUGGAGAAUUGAUCUGGGGACCGGACCCGGAACUGACGACGCUUGGCAAGGAUCAGGCAAAAGCGGUCCAUGACGCAUGGAAACAAGAACGUAAAUUCGGCAUUCCCAUUCCGGAGAAGCUCUACUGCAGCCCUCUGACACGAGCUAUCCAUACAAACAAGAUAUCAUUCGACUCCAUUAUACCUCAAUCACAGCGAACUAUGAUUAUCGAGAAUCUUAGAGAAACAACGGGCGUCCAUACCUGUGAUAAGCGAAGAACGCGCACUUACAUCGAACAAACUUUCCCUGACUUCGACAUCGAAAAGGAGCUCAUAGAAGAAGACACACUCUGGGACCCUGAAGUGAGGGAAACCCACGCAGAAAUCGAUGCCCGAAUGAGACGCGUACUGGACAUGAUUUUUGGCAAGGACCAGGAACAAUUGCUGCGGGUCAUGAACCACAGACAAUACAUUUUACCAACCGGAGGUUCGUAUUUGAACCUGAUUUGA